AUGUCUGAGACAACCGUACGAUACAACAAAAGUGACCAAAAUGUUGAAAAUGAAGUUUCAGGUAAUCUAAAAGUUGGUAACCAAUUGGAUGCCAAUGUCUACGCCACAAAAAAGACAAUUGCCCAGGGUAUGCUUGAUGUGGCUCUAUUGACAGCAAAUGCCAGUCAAUUAAAGUAUUGCCUUCAAUUGGGUACAAAAAGUAAAUUUUAUUAUUUUAUGGUUACAUUAAUUAGCUCGUCUAUCAUAUUACAGAUAAGUUUAGGAGUGGCUAUAAUAUUGAAGUCCCGGUUCAACAUAAAUAAAGAUCAUCACCAAAGAAGUGCUGAAUUUUAUAACAAUACUAUAGUUUGGAUUGUUUUUGUCAUAACUGUUAUUAAUAUAAUAAUAUCGGCGUUUGGUUUUGAUUUGAAUCAACCGAGUGCUCCGAUUAAAUAA